AUUUCUUUUAAAUGACACAAGUAAAAUUUUCUUACGAUGAGAAGAAAAUGAUUAAAAUUUUAACAAUGUUGUGAUUCACGAUCGUCCUACGCUGAUAGUAAAAAUCAUCCUACGUUUAUUUUGUUAAAACAUUGAUUAAAUCCCUUUACUUUUUCUGUUUGUUAGUCGUUUUUUUUUUUGCUAGACAAUUUUUAUUUUUUGCUGCGUAACUCAUAUUGUGGAGUUCUUUUAAUAAUAAAGUCUUCUUCCGACUUGAAUCUUUUUUUUUUUUUACCAGAACCAUUUUUUUCUUCACGUAAACUCUUGAUUUAAAAAAAUUAUACGAGUACAUUCUACCGUCAAUCAAUUAAAGGCUUGUUUUUGUUUCGCGAUUUAAAGUAGCAAAGAGACAAUCGAGACGUGUCAAACAAUAUGCUGAAAUGUUUGAGUCAUACCGUCCCGUACACUGCACAAUAGUUUUGUAUUUCUAGCAUUCUGCUUUUUAAAGGUUGUGGUUCUUUUUUUCGGUAUAUGGAAAAUUUUGUCGCUUAAAAGCAGUGUAGACAAAUCAUAUAUGCGUUCAAUUCUUCUAUUCCAUGUGACUUAAGCAUUUCAAGUAAAAAUCACAUUUAGCGUUAUACUUAAUAAGAUACAUUAUUAGCUCAUUAAAAAAGCUAAUUGUUUUAUAACGAAUUUUUUUUUAAUUAGAAUUCCUUUCCUUCAUAUUAGACUAGUACUUUAUUUGAUUUAAUUUUUUUUUAAAAGUAAUAAAAUAAGAAACACAGACAUUAUGGAAAGGUAUAUUAUAUUUGGAAAAAUAGGUGAAGGUAGUUUUUCAGAAGUUUUUUUAGGAAAAUUUAUAGAAACGAGUGAAACAUGUCACUAUGUUGCCAUCAAACGAUUGUAUCCUUGUUGUUCUACUGAAAAGAGUAUUGAGACUCAAGAAAUUCGGGAAAUCCAAGUUUUAAAGUGUUUAAAUCCUCAUCCUAAUAUUAUCAAUCUCAUUGAUACAUUUUACGAUGAAAAAAGUCAACGGCAUUGUAUUGUUACCGAACUUAUGGAUUUCAAUCUCUAUACCUAUGUUCAACAUAUUCAUAAAGGUUCAGCCUUACCUGAAUUUUUAGUCAAGUUAUUAUUGUGGCAACUUAUACUAGCGUUAGUUCAUUUACAUCGUCAUAAUUAUUUUCAUCGUGAUAUCAAACCAGAAAAUGUUUUAAUAAAAAAUGAUCCUAGUAAUUUUGCACCUCAACUGAAAUUAGCAGAUUUCGGAGGAUGUUGUUCUACUAUGUCUAAGCAACCUUAUACAGACUAUAUUGCUACACGAUGGUACCGGGCACCUGAAUGUUUAGUAACUAAUGGAUAUUACUCACAAAAAGUAGAUACGUGGAGUGUUGGCUGUGUCAUGUUUGAGUUGUUAUCUGGAAAACCCUUAUUUCCUUGUAGUAACGAGUUUUUUCAAAUUCAAUGUAUUGAAUCUUUACUAGGCCCUUUACCGAUCUACACUAACACUGGUAAAGUGCUGGAACCCUGUCUUGCGAAUGAACCAACACAAAUUGCCAAAACGCUACAAAAUUUAUGUGUUCAUUGCUCUUCCGAAGCAUCACAACUUUUAACUCAUCUUCUAGCAGUAAAUCCCUUUGAGCGUAUCUCAGCGGAGCAAGCUUUGCACUCUACAUUUUUUGAUAAUCUCAGAUGCCCUAUUCCAAAAACGUUUUCCUUCUAUCAAAUCUUUUCAAACUUUUUAAUUAAAGUUAAAGAUAAAAUCGCAAUUUCUUCAAAAAAGGUUUCUUUUUCUAAUGCUUUGAAUCCUGAAAAUUCUUUUGUUAAGUUAAAUAAUAAAACAAAAAGCUCUACCUUGUCGAAUUUAAAAACGUAUCAAAGUACAACUUUUAAUGAAACGCAAACAACUGCUUUUACAAAAACAGAAUCUGACAAUAUUUUACUUCAUUUUACAACACAUGAUCGUUCAACUCCCGCCUGCAAACUUGAAUCUUCUAGUUUUAAAUCGAGAAAAUCUUUUUUUCAACAAACCGCUCAAGAAGAAAAAUUUGAUAAAACAACAAAUCAUUGUAAAGAUACAACACUUUUUUUAAAAUACCAAGUGAACAAGCCUACUCGACUAACUCAACGGAAUCAUUCUGGUUUCAAAUUUAAUCUCAACUCAAAAUACAAAGGUAACAACUUAGUGGAAUCUGUACAGGAGCUUAAAAAAUUUCUUGUCCGUUCAACAUGAAAUUUUUUUCUCGUUACUAUGAAAUAUUGCUUAAGGUUUACCUUUAUUUUGAUAAUGCGUAGUUACAUACAAUAUUUCUUUUUAUUCGUAAUAUUUUUUUAUAAUUUUUUUUAAUGAAUUUUGACUAAUUUUCUCUUAAAAUUA